GACCUGAGCUGGAGCCAAAUACGGCAACGUCUCCACGGCCUGCCUUGUCGUUUGCUGCGGCAAAGGUUCCACCUUUGAUCUCUGGUUGGUCCGAUACAAUCAACCAACCGAUUCAAAAUUCAAAAAAGGCUCUUCACUGAUCGGAAGGAGGAGCAGAGGCAGAGGCAGAGGCAGAGCCAAGCAAACGUCAGACGGAAGCAUGAGUUGUUACUUUCCAAUCGUGCUCAGAUACGUUACCGAAUGAGAGAAGGCGAAGGAGGGAGUGAUUUCUUGCUGGCGCCAUGAUUGGUAUUUUUUUAUUUAAUCCGAGAGAAGGCGAACUGGGUUGGGUGGAUUCACAGCGCAGACCGCCUUUCUUCCUCUGAUCUCGAGGCUUCUGGCUUCUCCCAUGCCGGAGCUCUCUCUCCUCGGCUGAUUCAAACAGUGCCCAGGGAUCAGCAUUGGAUCGGAUUGAUGCACGAUGCAGAGAUCGCAGAGAGCUCUUCUGCAGAGGAGAGCCUGUUCGGACAAGGUCAUCAGUGGCCGGUAUCACUUGUACAAGGUUUCUCUGUCGCUUGUUUUCGUUCUCUGGGGGCUUCUCUUCCUCUUCAGUCUGUGGGUCAGUCACGGUGAUGGACAUAGAGAUUCACAUGGAUCAGGAGUAUCGUCAACCAAAAAAUCAACCGAGGAUGAAGCUAAAGCAGGACAGGUUAUACAGUCUGAGUUUAUGAAUAAUGAACACGCAUCAGAAUCACUUUCUGAUGUCAAAGGUGACUCCAGAUUCGAGGCCUGUGAGGUUGAUAGCCAUCCCAAUGGUGGAGCUGUGAAUUAUGUGCCAGAGAGAGAAAAUCAGGGCUCAGCAACAAGUGCUACGCGUGGGAAAGAUCUCUCAAGGGUUGAUCGGAUGUCCCGUGGUGUGCCGCUUGGUCUUGAUGAGUUCAAGAGCAAGGCUUUCAACUCGAGAAGCAAAUCGGAAAAUGGCCAGUCUGAGAGUGUGAUUCAUAGGGUGGAGCCCGGGGGUGCAGUAUACAACUAUGCUUCGGCUUCAAAGGGAGCAAAGGUCUUGGCUUUUAACAAGGAAGCUAAAGGUGCCUCUAACAUCUUAUGCAGAGACAAGGACAAGUACCUGCGUAAUCCCUGUUCCGCUGAAGAGAAAUAUGUCGUUAUAGAACUUUCAGAAGAAACCUUGGUAGAUACGAUUGAGAUCGCGAAUUUCGAGCACUACUCUUCCAAUCUGAAAGAGUUUGUGCUGCUGGGGAGUUUGGCUUACCCUACAGAUUCCUGGGUGAAGCUUGGAAAUUUUACUGCUGCAAAUGGCAAGGUGGCCCAGAGGUUUUCUCUUUCCGAACCAAAAUGGGUGAGAUAUCUUAAAUUAAAUCUUUUGAGCCACUAUGGGCAUGAAUUCUACUGUACGCUGAGUGUCCUCGAAGUGUAUGGAGUGGAUGCUGUUGAAAGGAUGCUUGAGGAUUUGAUCUCCCUUCCAGAAAAUCCAGUGGAAGAAAAUGUCGAAAAGAAACCGCCUUCUCGGGCAGAGUCAGCUAAUGGCGAUGAUAUCUAUCAGAAUUUGGUCGAUGUUAUUCAGGAGACUGAUGUCGCAAAAAAUACGCGUGAGCAUGCAGAUGAAGGGCGUCAGCAAGUAGGAAGAAUGCCUGGGGACACUGUUUUGAAAAUAUUGAUGCAGAAAGUUCGGUCUCUGGAUCUGAAUUUAUCUGUCCUAGAGCUGUACCUGGAGGAGCUAAAUUCCAGAUAUGGUAACAUCCUGAAGGAACUCGAUAAAGAUAUAGAAGAUAAGGAAGCACUUCUGGAAAAGCUCAGAUCAGACAUUAAAAUUCUUCUUCACAGUAAGGAGACUACGAACAGAGAUGUUGAAGAUCUCAUGUCUUGGAAAUCCGACGUGUCACUGAAGUUGGAUAAUCUUAUAAGGGACAACAGCAUCCUCAGGUCCGAGGUGGAGAAGGUGAAGGAGCGGCAGGUUUCCAUGGAGAACAAGGGCGUCGUGGUGUUUCUUGUAUGUGCUGUUUUCGGUUUAGUAGCUCUUGCGAGAGUGUUGGUAGAUAUGGCGGGUAGUUUUUGUACAGCAUUUUUGAGUGUUCAUAGGAUGGAUGACGAGCCCAGGAAAUUUUGUCGCGUGAGCUCUUCCUGGCUUCUACUACUAUUGAGCUGCAGUGCCAUUCUUUUCAUACUCUCGUUAUAAUGAUAAUCGAGAAAUUUCUUGCAAGUAGUUCGAUGCUUUGAUGAAAAGAGACGGCUUACAUUUAAACAAGCAUUUCGAAUUAAGAUCGUCUUCCUGUUCA